GAAUAAUCGUGUUUGUAUGUGUGAUUUUUUUGUUAUGGCCUAUAGGUACAUGAUAGUAAUUGUAUAAUAAACCUGUAUAUAACAUGGGUACACGUUAGAUCGUCGCACGGACGCAGUUUCUUAUUUCCUAUAUUACCUCGUUUACUUCCUGUAUCGGGUCUGUGUGAUUUUUGCGUUGUUGUCACAUUUUUGUUAGGCGCAGGUACAGUCAAUUGGUCGCACAUUGGCCACUAUCAAUCCGGCGUUACGCUUAUCCUAAACAUUGUCACACAGCGCGUUCAAAUUAAUAAAUACAUUGUCAUAUCAUUUUUUAUUCAACAACUCUAAAAAUUAGUGAAGGUAAUGUCGUAUGCGACUCAACAAUCUUAUAAGAUCAGAGCCACCACUGCCAACGAGCGACUGUGCUAUAAUUUCAAAUUGAAAAAUGUAACGCGAUAACAGAAAUCAUAACUAAAAAAACCAAUCUUUUGAUUUUUGUCAGUAAGUAAUGAAUAAGGAAAUAGUUCAUGUGUCAAUAAAACAGAAUACUUUGGUAUGCUACUAAGAUAGCCAAGUGACAGAAAUAUUGAAGUCAUGGUGAAUAAGUUAAGUGAUAAUCAAUAUCAGUGGUCUUACAAUGGAUAAUGAUAUUUUAGAUGAACGUUCAAGAGAGUUCUUAGAAACAGCUGAUCAAUACAUCACUGAACAUAGUCAUCAGCAUGAUGAAAAUAAUAAACAGCUUGGUGAUCAACAUAAUUUACCUCAUGAAUUUCGUAUAGAUGAAAAUGGAGAGUUUUCUCAUCAUACCUCAACAUAUUAUGAUACGGGUGAUAUGUUAUCUGGUGAUGGGUCUUCUACUCUUACUGAAGAUGAUCGACGCUUAGCUAAUGAAUUGGCUGAUGCACUUGCUCAACAGAACAAGUCUUUAGUUGAUGGGAGUCAUCAUGAUUCACACCUUAUGACUAGUUAUUUGUAUAGUACUGAAAUUGAUCUAGACUCGAGUAAUAAGCAUUCUUCACAAUCUACAAGUCAUAUUAAUAGCCAACAGAUUAUAAGUUCAGGAAGUUUAAUUGAAGUAGAAGCUUCAGAGUCAGAUUAUCACGCAGAAAUUCAAAACAAUUUACCGCACAAAAAACGAUUUCGCAAAAGAGAGACUGCUCCAACUUCUCCAAGAAGUAUACAUCCUAAAUGCUAUAAAUGCAAACAAUGUGGUGAACAAUUUAAUUCUCAAUCUUUAUUAACAGCACAUAGAGCAAUACAUACGCCAAAAAGAUUAAAUGGACGAAUGCCUUUUUUAUGUGAGAUUUGUGAAAAAAAUUUCACUCACCAGAUUAAAUUUUUCGAACAUUUGAAACUUCAUUAUGAACCUCAACAAAGUAAAGUAAUUGUGGUUACUACUGAUUCUGGUACUUCACCUCAUCAUACUAACUUCCAAAAUCUUAGCACUCAAGAUUCAACUAAUAGUAUUGAAAAUCAAUACAUUGAAGAAACUAUCCAUGAUCAACCAAACAUUCAAGAUUUGCCUCCUUUGCAAAAUUAUAGACUAAAUGAAGAUAAUAUUGAAGAUGAUAAACAUUGUAUAUUCUCAUCUGAUGGAUCUAUAUUAGCAGCUCAACUUCAACAACCAUUCCCAUCAUGUCAACUAUGUGGUCGUAACUUCCGCCGUUUAAAAGCAUUAGAAGUACAUAUGGCUUCAGUUCACCCCCAACCUGCCACAGUUGUAACUGUGAAACAGGAUUGCUUAGAAGAAUUCUCUGAUCCAGAAGAUUUGAUGGAAGGUAUACGCCAUAUGGUACCUGGUGUUGAUACAGAAUCAGAAAAUGAAGAUAAAGAACAAAUACAAGAGUGGGAAUAUAGUGGUGAAAAUAGCAUAAAUCACAAAAGCCCAAUACCUGAAAUUAAAGGUGAUGAUAAUAAUAGUUUAAUAAAUGAAAAUGAUGAUAAUGGUGAAACUAGUCGAGCAGAACACACUUGGGAAGAUGAUACUGAUGAACUUGAACAAAUAAUGAAAAAAAAUAUUUCAAAAAAUCUUGUUUGCACUCAAUGUAAAAGGAAAUUUAAUCAUCGUAACUCAUUACUAUAUCAUUUGAGGUCACAUUCUGGAAAACGUCCUCAUAGUUGUAAAUUAUGUCCAAAAAGUUUCUUCUCAAGCAGUGCUCUAAAAGUACAUAAUCGGUUACAUACUGGUGAUAAACCUUUUGAAUGUGAAUGGUGUGGAAGAAAUUUUCGACAAUGGGGUGAUCUUAAAUAUCAUAUUGCUUCAUUACACUCUGAAUCUAAGCAAUUUCAAUGUGAAUUUUGUGGUAAAGACUUUGCUCGUAAAUAUUCAUUGAUAGUACAUAGAAGAAUACAUACUGGAGAAAAGAAUUAUGUUUGUGAAUUUUGUAAAAAGACUUUUAGAGCAUCUUCUUAUUUACAAAAUCAUCGUCGUAUACAUACUGGAGAAAAACCAUAUAAAUGUGAAACUUGUGGUAAAGCAUUUAGAGUACGCUCAGAUAUGCGGCGGCAUACAGUAGUUCAUAGAAAAGAUAAUACCAACACUGUUCAAAUUAGUAGUUAUGCUGGUCAAGUCAGUGGUAUAGUUACAUCUUCAGAUAUGAAUAUUCAUAUAACAAAAUUAGAUUUGGAUAAAGAAAAGAUGUCUACUAACACUGACGGAGAAGUUAAAUUUCAUGAAAAUUUUUCUCAUGAAACUGAUCAACUGAUAACUGCAGAUGGUGUCCCUGCUCCAUUAAAUCUUAACUUACGAACACAAGACCAUGGUGAUAACGAUGACUCAAACAGUUUUCAGCAAUUUAAUGGAAGACAAGAAAUAAUUGAUAGAGAUACAAAUACUUUGUAUGUAUGGAUACCAUCUAACAGUGAACAAUUAUUACCAAAUGAAUAAAAAAAGUUUUUUCAUGGGGUUUAUUGAUGCCCUAAUCAAUAUAAUAAAAUGGCUUAAUUAUAAUUUAUUCUUUAGACACUCAGUAUCUCUGUGACAUGAAAUAUAAAGAGUAAGUGUUUAAAUAGCAUGUGUAAAAAUGUUGAUACUAAACAAUAGAAUAAACUUAUAAUCAAACUAAGACCUUUCACUAUCGAUAAUAAAAUAAUAUAAAUAUGUGGUAACUAUUUGAUUUGCAGAAUUAUAAACCAAAAUGUAAUUAUGUUAUAAUUUAUUUUUUUUACAAUUAUCAUUGUAUUAUGUAGAAUAACUUUAAAUAUUUGUUGACAAGUAUAAAUAAAAUAGUUCUCCAUUA